AUGGGGGAGCUGCGCAGUGGCAGCAGCAGUGCGAGCGCGAACCCAGUGAAGCUGGAGAACCCGCUGUGGCCGAACAUCCAGGCGAACAAGGAUUCGAUCACGUCUACCCUGUCGAAGUACCAGGCUGAGAUGAAGAAGCUGAAGACGCUCCGCGCGAAGCUCCACAAUCACGCCAAGACUGCCAAGGACAGUGACAAAGGCCAAUAUGACACCUGGGCAAAGGAGGCUGACAAGACCCUCAAGAGCGCGACUGAUCACGAGGAGGCGGUGGAGCUCCUGAUCGAGAAGACGGGAAUCACUCACGAGACGAACGAGAAGAAAGAGGAUUAUGCCAAUCUGAACAAGGAUCUCGCAGCCAUGAAGUCCACCGCAGAGCACCACCUGGACGGCAUCAAACUGGCGGCCAGGAGGUUCUCGCGCUACGUGGAGUGA